AAAAGCAGACUUGGAAACAGGGAUCAUUGUUGGAUCUGGCAACCCAGGCCGGCUCAGCGGGCUGCUCUCAGUCUCAGUCCGGAUCUCAGUCCACCUGGAUGCGGUCACUUCUCUGUCCUCUGCUGUAACUUUCCUUUUUUCUUCUUUUUUUUUUCUCAUCGGGACGCAAACGAAGCGCAGAAAUGGCCGGAGCGAUCAUCGAGAACAUGAGCACCAAAAAGUUGGUGAUUGUGGGAGUUGUUCUGCUGCUCUUCCAGGCUUUUGCCUUCAUGGUCGGAGGGCUGAUCGCCCCCAGUCCCACCACCGCCGUCCACUACCUGGCCACCAAGUGUGUGGACAACCAGAAGGGACACCAUCAGGGCCGGAAGUGGUUCAUGCCCUGGGGUCCGAACCAGUGCGACAAGAUUCGAGACUUUGACGAGGCCAUGGCCAAGAGGAUUGAAGCCAACAACAUCGUCUUCUCCGUUCACAUCCCUCUGCCCAAUAAAGAGAUGAGUCCCUGGUUCCAGUUCAUGCUCGUCAUCCUGCAGUUCGACAUCGCCUUCAAAAUGUACAACCAGAUCAAGGACGGAGCCAUGGUCACUAUAGACGUCAGCCUGGCCUACAGAGACGACACAGUGAGUGAGUGGAUAGAGAUGGCACACUCUGUGGAGCAACGCAAACUCAACUGUAACCUCACUACGGCCAAGAUUGUAGAGAACGAGGGUCGCUACUAUGAAUGUGACCUUUUGCCCUUCAUGGAGGUCGGCACCGUGUCGCACAAGUACUACCUGGUCAACGUCAGGCUGCCGGUGUACGAACGCAAGAAGGUGAACGUGGGAAUCGGCGAGAUCAAAGACAUCCGCCUAGUGGGAAUCCACCAGAACGGCGGCUUCACCAAGGUCUGGUUUGCCAUGAAGACCUUCCUCACUCCCAGCAUCCUCAUCAUCAUGAUCUGGUACUGGAGAAGGAUUACCAUGAUGUCGAGACCGCCGGUCCUGCUGGAGAAGGUGAUCUUUGCACUGGGAAUCUCCAUGACCUUCAUCAACAUUCCAGUAGAGUGGUUCUCCAUCGGAUUCGACUGGACGUGGAUGCUGCUGUUUGGAGACAUCCGUCAGGGAAUCUUCUACGCCAUGCUGCUCUCCUUCUGGAUCAUCUUCUGUGGAGAACAUCUCAUGGACCAGACGGAGAGGAAUCGCUUCUCCAUGUACUGGAAGCAGGUGGGGCCCAUCGUCUUCGGCUCCUUCUGCCUCUUCAUCUUCGAUAUGUGUGAGAGAGGAGUGCAACUGACCAACCCCUUCUACAGCAUCUGGGCUUCGGAUGUUGGCACCGAACUGGCCAUGGCGUUCAUCAUCGUGGCUGGAAUAUGCGCCUGCCUCUACUUCCUUUUCCUGUGCUUCAUGGUGUUCCAGGUGUUCAGAAACAUCAGCGGCAAAAGAUCGUCUCUGCCUGCGAUGACCAAAGCUCGCCGUCUGCAUUACGAGGGUCUCAUCUUCCGCUUCAAGUUCCUGAUGCUGGUCACUCUGGCGUGUGCGGCCAUGACAGUCAUCUUCUUCAUCAUCAGUCAGGUGAAUGAGGGACACUGGCACUGGGGAGAUUACACAGUUCAGAUAAACAGUGCGUUCUUCACCGGGAUUUACGGCAUGUGGAACCUGUACGUGUUCGCCCUCAUGUUCCUGUACGCACCAUCACACAAACGCUACGGAGACGAACAGUCCAGUGGGGAAACAAGGCCUCCUUGGCUGGAUUGGGUGUAAUGGAGAGCAGGCUUCCUUCCAGGACUGGUGUAAUGAGAACCAUCCAUCUCCUGACGUCAUCUCGCUAACUUUUUUCUCCCUUUUUUUCAUGUUUUGUCCACGCUUGCCUCUCUAAUGGAGCUGACUAACUCUUCUAAUAUUUAUACUCCUGUCUUUUUUUUUCUUUUUUUUUUUCCCUAAUGAAAUUUCUUUCUCUUUUAUGAUCUGAGUCAAAUUCAUUCAAAUUCAUAUUCACUAUUUAUUAAUAUGUGAUUAACAAUCCACUGUUUAAAGGCAGCCACCAGGUCACUAUGUCAUUCAGAGCUUUUAUGUGAUUUAGUUUUGAAUCAAACAGUCUGAUUUUAAUUAAAACAAAAAAAUUAAAAAUCAGUGAUGUCAUUGUAACCAUGAAAAUAGAGUAUGUGAAUGGAUGUAUUGCCAUCUUACAUUCUCUGAUAAAUGUAUUGACAUAAAUACACGAUAAAGAUGUUUGUAGAAACAGGCUAAAAUUGGAGGGAAAGUGAUUCAUUAACAUCAUUUGCAAUGCAUUAUGGGAAGAGUAGUUCGUUCCCUUGUCUUGUACACAGUCUUGUACUUUUUUUAUUUUGAACUCAUUUUCAUAAGGUCAUGGGCAAGUCUAUUUGGUUUGGUUUCAUGCUUUAACUUGUCAGUGAAGAAUUGUCUGUAAAUUCUCUGGAGAAAAUGAAUGGCAUGUUUUCUUCCAGUGCCCUUGAUGGAUUGUGAGUAUUGGAGUAUUUUUCUAUUUUUCUUAAUAAAGAUGCAAGCAGGCACAAAUCUGGAGAAGAGGAAUAGUUUUUAUUGACGCUUCACGUGCGUACACAGGUGUUGUCUCUUCUGUUCAAUCCCAUAUACCAGGCAAACACCAGCACACUCCUGUAUGUCCACUGUGAAGGUUUUUAUUAACACACGAGUCUUGAGAAAUGUUUAACAUUCUCCAGUACGUCUGAAAAUUAAAUUCCAUACUGUAUUGAUAAUAUUAAAAGGUAAGAAGAGCUAUGAUGAAAAAAUAUAAUUAUUCUUCAUCCUUUAUUCCCUUUGUUCAUCUUUACAAACUAAAAUAUUUUUUUUUCACUCUGGUUCUUGGCGUAUUUUGAUUCAGGAGCCACAUUUGGCCUUUUAUCAUUAAUAGAUAGAUAGAUGGAUGGAUGGAUGGACUUUACUGAUCCGUAAGCUGAAAUAAAGUCAUGUCCCAAAGACAAGUUUAACUUUCUAAACCUUUAUAAUUUAUUUUGCAACAUGAGUUGAGCUGUAAUAGGCUGAGAGUUCACGCACUAAACCAUAGAACAAGUGACCGGCCUAGAAGCUGUUUAUAAACUGUAAGGCUCUGCUUUGCUAUUCUGUAGAGACAGAAGCAUAAUAAUAUGUUUUUAUCACUACAUUAAUGCCUGAGAACUAUAUUUUUUAGCAUAAGUGUGUGGGUGAAUUAAUUUAAUGACAAGAACAUGACUUUUCUCAGUUUCUUUAGGGCUGGACAAAAUAUGAUGAAAUAAUGUAGAUAUCGCCGAUAAUAACUGCCGUGAUAACUUCUUAUAAUUUUUUAAAAAUAAUUACAACUUAUUGUACACUCUUAUUGGAUUUUUCAUUCUUUUCUGGGCAUUUCUUAGCAAACCUACACCUUGUGAUACGUAUUCUGUGAUGUUGUCGUAUCAUCCACAUCCUACUUAAUUUAACUACUUGACUGUGUGAACCCAGUCACAGACAAUUUUUUUUUUCUUUUUCUUAAUCUCUAUCGCCCCCAAGAGGUCCAACUAAUUCCCACUAACAAUAAACAGGCCAGAUCUAUCAAACUAAAGGAUCACAUUUAUAAAUACCUAUUAAUUAUGUAAAUCACUAAUUAUUAUUUUUCUCAUUUUUAGCUUUUCAGUAGGUCUGCUGAUCGAAAUAAUGCUGCAGUUUUGCUGCGAGAUAAAUUUAAAAAAUAGAAAUAAAACUUUGACAAAAACACAAUGUGAUGCUGAGCAUGUGCUUAUAGCAUCUGUUUCUGGGUCACAGCCCAGCAUUUGUGAACCAAAGAGGAAGUCUUCGGCUAACAAGC